GGUGCUUCCGCCUCUCUGUGGAGGCGGCUUGUUGUUGUGCGGGCCAAGAUGGCGGCACAGGCGGCGGCUGCGGCGCAGGCGGCGGCUGCAGCUCAGGCUGCCGCCGCACAGGCCGCACAGGCCGAGGCAGCCGAGUCGUGGUAUCUGGCUCUCCUGGGUUUCGCCGAGCACUUCCGAACAUCUAGCCCGCCCAAGAUCCGCUUGUGCGUUCAUUGCCUGCAGGCCGUGUUCCCCUUCAAGCCGCCUCAGCGGAUCGAGGCCCGGACGCACCUGCAGCUCGGCUCGGUGCUUUACCACCACACGAAGAACAGCGAGCAGGCGCGCAGCCACCUGGAGAAGGCGUGGUUGAUAUCACAGCAAAUCCCACAGUUUGAAGAUGUUAAAUUUGAGGCAGCAAGCCUGUUGUCAGAGCUGUAUUGUCAAGAGAACUCCGUGGAUGCAGCAAAACCACUGCUGCGGAAAGCCAUCCAGAUCUCACAACAGACGCCAUACUGGCACUGUCGCCUGCUCUUCCAGCUCGCUCAACUGCACACACUGGAGAAGGACCUGGUAUCCGCCUGUGACCUCCUAGGCGUGGGGGCUGAGUAUGCCCGAGUGGUGGGAUCUGAAUAUACAAGGGCAUUAUUCCUGCUCAGCAAGGGGAUGGUUUCAGGUGGUAGAUGUGCUAUUGAGAAAGCCUGCUGUGGAGCCACCUGUACCCUAGUUUCUUUGUUGUUUCCAGCUUUGUUUGAUUUGUUUGAGCUGCUGUUGAUGGAGCGCAAACUGCAAGAGGUGCACCCACUGCUCACACUGUGUGGGCAGAUUGUAGAGAACUGGCAGGGCAACCCCAUCCAGAAGGAGUCACUACGUGUCUUCUUCCUGGUGCUGCAGGUGACCCACUACCUGGAUGCUGGGCAGGUGAAGAGCGUCAAGCCGUGCCUGAAGCAGCUGCAGCAGUGCAUUCAGACCAUCUCCACACUACAUGAUGAUGAAAUCCUGCCCAGCAACCCUGCUGACCUCUUCCACUGGCUGCCCAAGGAGCACAUGUGUGUGCUCGUCUACCUGGUCACAGUGAUGCAUUCGAUGCAGGCUGGUUACCUGGAGAAGGCACAGAAGUACACAGACAAGGCGCUCAUGCAGUUGGAGAAGCUUAAGAUGCUGGACUGCAGCCCUAUCCUGUCGUCUUUCCAAGUGAUCCUGCUGGAGCAUAUCAUCAUGUGCCGGCUUGUCACAGGCCACAAGGCCACUGCACUACAGGAGAUCUCCCAGGUCUGCCAGCUAUGCCAGCAGUCCCCUAGGCUCUUCUCCAACCAUGCUGCCCAGUUGCACACACUGUUGGGCCUGUAUUGUGUCUCCGUGAACUGCAUGGAUAAUGCUGAAGCCCAAUUUACCACAGCCCUUCGGCUCACCAACCACCAGGAGUUGUGGGCCUUCAUCGUGACCAACCUUGCGAGUGUGUAUAUACGAGAAGGAAAUAGACACCAAGAGGUACUGUACAGUUUGCUUGAGAGGAUAAACCCGGACCACAGCUUCCCGGUCAGCUCACACUGCCUCCGAGCAGCAGCCUUCUACGUGCGAGGGCUCUUCUCCUUCUUCCAGGGCCGCUACAACGAAGCCAAGCGGUUUCUUCGAGAAACUCUGAAGAUGUCAAAUGCAGAGGACCUGAACCGCCUCACAGCCUGCUCCCUUGUGCUGCUGGGUCACAUCUUCUAUGUGUUGGGAAAUCACAGGGAGAGUAACAACAUGGUGGUACCUGCCAUGCAGCUGGCCAGCAAGAUCCCAGACAUGUCUGUGCAGCUGUGGUCAUCUGCCCUCCUGAGAGACCUAAACAAGGCAUGUGGGAACGCCAUGGAUGCCCAUGAAGCCGCACAGAUGCACCAGAACUUCUCACAGCAGCUGCUGCAGGACCACAUCGAGGCCUGUAGCCUCCCAGAGCACAACCUCAUUACGUGGACAGAUGGCCCACCCCCUGUGCAGUUCCAAGCUCAGAAUGGACCCAACACCAGCCUGGCCAGCCUUCUGUGAGGCCUGUGUCCGCAACUUGGACCCAACACUGGAGCUCUCUGGGAACAAAACCACCAGGGUGCCCACCAGUCCCUCACCAUUGUCCAGAGCUAAGUCCUAAGAGUGCUGAAGCCAUCAUCUGCCUCUGAGGGUGACAGCCAAUUGCACCUGUUCCAGGACUCAGUGCCAUCUAUUGAAGGGACUGAUGGCCUAAUCUGUGUCUGGGUGUCACCUGAGAAGAACAGGGUGACAAUGUGUGUAGGGGCAUCAUCUGAGUGCUCAACCGAACCUAAGUGCAGCUGCACAAAGUGGCCUCCAACCCAGGGCAAGCUGAGGGGAGAGUAAUGGCUCUCACUUUCCUCGGUCUGCUGUUCUUCCAGUGUCCCUGCACUCAGGGACUUCUGAGGACCUGGAAGUCAGACUCUUAAUCUGAGUGGUCCUCCAAGGUGACCCAGUGCAGGGGAGGAGUUUGGGAAGAGGUGUACAUACGCAGUUGAUGAGGCUGAGACUUCGUGUGCCCUUAAGAAGCUCCUUGCUCAUAUUCAGCAGCACGUCUUGGCCCAGCCUAAGCAUCAGGCAGAAGUCCCAUUGGACCUGAAUGAGAGGGUUCCUUCCUGGCAGCUAUUUAGCUUUCCCAUGGAGGACAGUUAUGGGACCAGCUCAGCUCCUCUUGGCUUGAUAGCUGCCCUAAGGGUGACAAUAAUGGGGGGGUACGGGGCACAGUGGUUCCUGCCAGCUCAUGGUAUCUAGGCAGGUGCUCACCAAGCAAUGUGAAGACCACUUCUCAGAGCUUUGGAAGCCAUGACUGAAGGGACGAAGCUCCAAGACCUUCAUGGACAUCCUUUCUGAGCCAUGUGGCAGAGACUGCCCAUGGCCAGGUGCUCCCAACCCUUCUGUCUUCCUCUAGCCCUUGGGUCCCAGGGACCUACCCUCAAUACCUGCAUCACAGCCCUGCUUAUUUAUUUAAGCUUUUUUUUUUUUUUUUUGCUUCUAGGGCAUUUUGUACAUACAGCAAUUCAAACAAGGACCUCUCGACUUGCCAUCUGUCCUGAUGUUAGAGUGCUUUUAGUGUCCAUAUCUCAGGCAUGUGAAAACUAAGCACAGGGUCACGACAAACUCCAUAGUCUAUGUUGAGUUUCCACCUACAUGACCCCACCACAGUGUCCAACAGCUAAAGAUUGAGGGGAAAUCCCAGAUGGGCUAGCACAAAGAGGUAUUAUAACCCAGGAGUUACUAAGAGCCAGCCCUGAGCCAGGCUAACUGUAGCCCUAUAUGAGCCCUUAAGCCACAGGUGACACUCUGAGUGAAGGAAGGCAUGUCAUCUAUUGAGAGGGUUGGUUUGUUUUCAUAAACAUGGGUGGCUUUGCCUGGUUUUAGCAGCCUUUUAAUCGGGAACUGUAAGCUGAGAUCUGUGAGAAGUCUGUUUGCUGGUCUCUCCCUUUAGGACCACUAUUCCCCCAGUCUUUUCAUUUCCCUCCCUCCAGCCUUGCCAGCAGCCCCUCUACUAUAGACUGAAGCCCUGAGGCAGAGGCAUAGCCCCUUCAUCAACUCAGCCUGGUAGGAAGCUGGUCCACAGCCCCUUUUUCUGUUUGAUUUUAGCUGGAUAUUGAUUGCUUGUUUGUUGUUUUUUGCUUCUUUUGAAGACACUGGUGCCACGCCUCAGCCUCCAAGCACCUGGCUCUUAGAUUUUGGCUGUGGGGUUUUGAUUGGAAGGGGCAGUGUUUAGAGCUUUUGUUUCUUAAGAUAGUAUCUCUUGUUCAUGGAUGACCUUGAGCUCUUGAUUCUCCUGCCUCCACCACCCUAGUCCUGGGAUGAUGGGCAUGUGCCAUAGUGCUGGCUUUACCUGGUGCUGCUAGCCUAGCAUUCUGCCAGCUGAGCCAUAGCUUUAUCCUGUGAUCCUAUCUUGAUGCAAUAUUUGGUUUGGACCUUCUGUGAAGGGUGUUAUACCCUGCAGUUUCAGCAUACAAGCCCCUAGACACGCUUGCUCCUGUACCCAGGUGCAACGCAGAAACCAGCUGGACAUGGUGGCUCACACCUGUCACACCUGGAAGGCUAAGAACACUCCCAAGUUACAUGCCAGUAAGGGUUACACAGUGAAAUAUGAAUAACCCAGUAAAGGAGAGCCUGGUCCAGCCCUUGUGCUCCUGGGUAGGGAAGGCUCUUUGCUUUUCCAUGGGUUAGUUGACUCUUGACUGCAGGUGAAAUCCAUAUAAAAUUAGACAGGUUUAAAAAAAAAACAAAACAAAAAAGCCGGGCGUGGUGGCGCACGCCUUUAAUCCCAGCACUUGGGAGGCAGAGGCAGGUGAAUUUCUGAGUUCAAGGCCAGCCUGGUCUACAGAGUGAGUUCCAGGACAGCCAGGGCUAUACAGAGAAACCCUGUCUCAAAAAACAAAAAAAAAAAUAAUUAGACAGGUUUUACUGAUAGGUGGUUGACUUAAAUUUGACAGACUUUAACUGUCUAUCCCUGGCUGAUCUUGUAUUGUAGCUGCUGUUCCCCAAAUCUCACCCAAGGUUAUAUAGUGUGAGCUACCACUGUAGGAUUAGACUGGGUUUGUUUGUUUGUUUUGCUUUUUGUGGCUUGGUUUCUGGAUCUCCACUGGCUUACAUAGGAAAUUCUUACAUUUCAACCCCAAGUUUCUGAGACCGUAGGUAGCACUCCACCAUGCCAUCUCUUCAGCCACUUGUUUGUAGUUUUGUACUUUGUUGGGGGUGGAACCAAGCUCUUGUGCACAGCAAACACACCUCUCAAACUGAACUAUACUGCAGGUGUUCCUAAAUUCAAGACCCCAGUGCUCAAGACUCAAGGGAGGAGCAUCCACUGCCUUCGGUAUGCCAUUGUGUGCCUAAGCACUGACCUUUCCGAAAGGAUUCAGAGUCCAGCUAUGUGUCUCAUCCCCCACACCUGGGCAUCUCUGCCUUCCAGAGUCUGCUUAAGCUAGAUUUCAGGUAGAGUCCACUCCUUCCUUUGUCAACUUGAAGGCUCUAUCGUCAGAACAAGCCUGGUCCUACCUCACCAACCCUGGAUGGUGGGGUUUGGAGCAAGUGAGGUAGAUGAGUCCUGGGGCUUUGCUGGUUGUUACCUCCUAUGACAGCAGGUGUCCCAUCUGGAAAGUUGAGUCUGUCGUCAGCCUGUGCUAAGCUGGCUGGGCACACAAAGCUUCUCAUGAGAGUGGUCUACCAUCCCAAAUAGCAAAAACGCCCCACAGCCAGGCAAGGUGGCAUGUAUCUGUGAUCCCAGCAAUGAAGAGGUAAAGAUCAGGAGUUAAGGGUCAUCCUCAUGCUAGCCUGGGCUACAGGACCUUGUUUUUGAAAAAAUAAAACAGGAGCUGGAGAAAUGGGUCAGCAGUUUAUAGAGGCCCAAGUUCAGUUCCCAGCACCCUUGUCAGGCAGCUAACAGCCCAUCUGUAACUCCAGCUCUGGGGGUCUGACAACCCUCUUCUGGCAUCUACACAUACCUGAACACUUAGAGCAUUUACAAAUAAUUAAAAAGAAAAAAAAAUGUCAGGUAGGAGUUGGCAAGAUGGUUCAGAGGGUAAAAAGAAAAGCCAGUCAUGAUGUUUUAGGUUUGUAAUUCCAGCAAUUGACAUGGAGACAGGUGGUCUCUGAGGCUCACUGGCCAGUUAGCCUAAGCAAAGUAAAUGGUACCUAAAAGAACACAUAAGGUUCCCCUCUGGCCCUGACAUGCUUUUGUACACAUGAACAUGCACAAAAAACCUGAGUGUCAACCAGCUCUAAAGAUUUUUGAUCUUCAAGAUGAAUCCAUUGAACCUAGGUGUUUAAAUAGUGUAUCAGAAGUGUAAACUAAGGCCAUAACUGCUCCAAAGUAUGGUUGAAGGGAAGGUUUUUGUUGUAGAUAAUAAGGGAGAGUGCAGCCAGAGGCAUCUGGAAGAGUCCAGAACAGGGAGAAAGAGAAGUAGAUGGGACAUGGCCAGCAGACUGGCUUUGUCCAUGAGAUGAGUGGGUCGAGGAAGAGGAGAUGAUCAAGAGAGGAAGACCAAAGAUGACCAAGCACACAAAUACUCAAAAGUGACAGGUUUAUAAGGGACUAAGAUGCUAGGGAGGGAAGCCCAUGUGCAAGAGAAGGGUAGGGGUGGGUGGGAGAGACAUGGGCAAUUAGAACCCAGGAAACCUGAAGCACAGAACUCACUAAGAAGCAGCACAGAUUUGUCCUCACUUUCUUUUGGGUCUGGCAGGCAGAGUGCCAUUUGGCUUUAAUCCCUACACUCAAAGGCAGGCAGAACAGUGAUUUGGAGGCUAGCCUGGUCUACAUAGUUGCAGGUGAGUCAGAAACCCUAUUCCCUAAAACAACAACAACAAAAGAGGGGGCAGGGGUCUGUUCUGAAUGUCACCCAAGGCUAGGUUCCCCACUGUGGUGAAGUGCACUCUGGCCAUCCUCCUCUGGGUGUUCUCCCAUGAGGCCUGGGAUAUUCUACAUUGGCCACCAGAGGGUCAGAACAAACCCAGGAGUCCAGGACAGCUAGGCAUGUCCCUACUAAAUAGAGACACUGGAGGCCUCAUCCUGGAGUCCGAGUAGCCAGACUGAAGGGUUAGAAAGGCACAGAAUUGAAGUGUUUAAACUGAUCCACUUGUAACUCCAGUACCCAUGGAGCCAAUGUUCUGGUGUCUAUGGGUAUGCUUGUGGUACACAGACAUACAUGUGAAUAAAACAUACAUACAUGCACACAUACAUACACUUUUUCGAAGCAGUGUGAAGUUUCUUUGGGAAGCAAGUUGUGUCUGAUGGUAUGUUCUGGGUCAGACAUGUGAAGGAGUGUUUUCCUGAAGGGGACACAGGUGAAAGGAUGUUUUGCUAAAGCAAAUAUGAAAGGACGCAUGGAGGUAGGGAGCCAACAGACCAUGGACUAUGCUGGAUGGUAUCAGUACACUUUGCUAUUCCUUAAACAUCGUUUGUUGUGACUUCAUAACCAAGAAUAUUCUGGUGAUGUUCUGGUGGCUUCUGUUUCCUCAGACUUGAGCUGAUUGAUGUCAGCUGGUACAGACUCCUAUGGAGUUUUGCUGAGGUACCAACCAUGGGAGAGCACAAGAUGUUUGGAGAGAGAAUAAAAAUGACUCAACUGGACAGUGACUGGAGUUCGGGAGGUGGGGCUUGCAUAGCUAGCUUUGCAACACUUUGUUGGUCUCAUGCUUCUUUGAUCUUAACUUUGUUGAGAGGCACAGCAGAGAACCUUUGGUAUCCCUGCUGUUCCUGGUCACUCUUACUGACUCCUGCCAGUUCAGCUGAGGACUGGCUAUUUCUGCUAGGCUGUGCCACCACUGCUGAUUCAUGUUUGCAAUCUUGAUUCUACUGAACUGGACUGCUGGUAUGUAUCCUGACAAGCAGAAGGGAUUUGCUCCAAAGAACUAUUUCUAAACAGGUCCACUUCCCUGAUAUCCUAAUAACCUUUCCUUUCUACUACCUCUGGUGGGCUAGAAGGAAGGUUAAAGCAUUUAAGAACCCUUAUUAAAAGUAGGUUUUGAAAAAACUAAGCCUACACAGUGUUCUGUGUGGUCUGGCUGUCCUGAAACCAGACUGGCCUGGAACUCAGAAAUCCACCUGCUUUUGCCUCUUCAGCCAUGGGAUUAAAGGUAUAUGGCAACAAGUUUAAAAAGAAAAAGGAAAUCUUGAAGGACAUGGAAAUCUUGAAGGACAUGCGAAGGGAAAGGAACCUGUUACUCUGGAAUCUGAUUGAACCCUUUUCCUAGUAGACAAGCAAGAAUUCCAGUCCAAUUACUAUGAGCUUACCCCUUCCUUCCUUCCCAGUUACAAUCUGGAAUUUCCCCAGAAUCUCAUUUACAGGGAAUGGGCAUGUAUAUGUACUGUUUUAUACUCCCAUUCAACGUUUCUGCAGAGCCACCUCACUAUCUCGAGAAGGAGCCUGUAAGAGCUUGGUGGAUCAAAGUACUUACAACACCACCCCCCUGAAUUCAGUCCCUCUGACCCACAAGGUGCAGGAAGGAGACUGAUUCCUGCAAUGUGUUACCUGACCUCUGUGCACUGUGUGGCAGGCACACAUCAAAAUAAUAAUGAAGCUGGGCGUGGUGGCGCACGCCUUUAAUCCCAGCACUCUGGAGGCGGAGGCAGAGGCAGGCAGAUUUCUGAGUUCGAGGCCAGCCUGGUCUACAGAGUUCCAGGACAGCCAGGGCUACACAGAGAAACCCUGUCUCCAAACACCAAAAUAAAAUAAAUGAAUAGAUAAUAAAUAAAGAGGGUUUUUGUUUGUUUUUUCUUUUUCUUCAAACAGCCUUACCAUGUAACCCUGGCUGGCCUGAAACUCACAAAAUUUCCCUGCCUGUGUUUCCUCAAUAGUGGUGUUUAAGGUGUGUGCCACCAUGCCCAGCAUUAAAGAUCUAUUUUUAUUUA